AUACUAACUUUAGUACAAGUAAAAGUACUCUUACCUUAUCACCAUCCUCUUCUUCAUCGGCUCUUAAUUCAGAUGCAUCUGUUCCUUCACCAAAAACAGCAGACUCCUCACCGACUAAUGCAGCUUUCAUAUCCUUGAAUACCAUGUUGAUAGCUAUUGAAGCCACUGCAUUGUCAUCAUCAUUUUCAAAACUACCUGUUGCAAAUAUUACAUUACCUGGUAAUACAGUAACAGCUACAGUUCCAAAUAAUUUAACUUCUCGUUUAACCCUUACAACAUCAACUAGUUCUAAUUUAUUAACUGCAGUGGACACAACAAUGGCAUCAGCAGCAUCAGGCUCAGCAACAAACAUGAGCUCUGGAAAUAAUGCGUCAGCAAUCACAAAAAAUGUUGUAAACUCUGUGCCUACCAUUAAUCUGUCUUUACUACCCACAACUAUUUCUCUCACACCAAUCACUCCUAGUGCUUCUAUAUUGAGUUCAACAGGACCAGUCUCAACAAAUCUAAUCGAUAUAACCACAAGUACCCCUUUAGCAAAGACAGUAAAUCCUACCCUGAUCUUACCUUCUACAAAUUUCACUUCUACAAGUGUAAUAAAUAAAACAGUUUCAUUGUCUUUCACAAAUAUGCAAACAACAGUGAUACCAAAUACUGCUUUACCUUCCACAGCAUUCACAAGUAUUCUACCUACAACUAAGGAAGCAAUUUUUUCAGUAAACUCUUCACAAACUCUUUUAACAACAGCAAAUGCACCACCCACAAAUUUCACUUCCUUAUCAGACAUUUUCUCCUUUUCACCAGCCUCAGUAACGAAUUCAACAACAGCUACAACUAAUUUCAGCAUAAGUAAGAGGGUUCCAACCUUAUCACUGUUAUCUACUUCCUCCACUCUUAACUCGGAUGUAUCACCUCCUGCACCAAAAACUACAGAGUUCUCACUGACAAAUACAGCUUUCAUAUCCUUGAAUACCAGGUUGACAGGUACAGAAACCAUUGCAUCAUCAUCAUCAGCUGCAAGACCACCUAUUGUAUCUACCAGGACCAACAAUAUUCCACCUAACUCAGCUGAAACAGCUUCACUUACAACAACUCAAUCACUCAGCAUAUUGACAUCUACGACAUUAUCUGAUAAUACUGCUGAAAUAUCUACAAGAACUUCAAAUAAUACUUCACUUACAACACAAUCUUUUUUAUCAGAUAAACCCAAUAUAUUGACAGGGAAAACAUUAAUAACUACAACAUCAAACAACUUGUCUUCCUUGUCUGCUGGAAGUUUCCCAGUAAGCCUUCCAUCAGAUACAAUAUCAUCAUCUGCCAAAAGUACUUUUUCAGUUAGUAAUUUGUCAACAUCAUCCUCAUUAGCUAAUAACAUGGCAACGGCUACAUCUCCAAAUAAUUUUGCACUAACUUCUUCAAGUUACCAUACAGCAUCAAUCAAUACCAAUUCAUUAGCUGCAGUAGACACAACAAUGGUACCAUCAACAUUAGGCUUGGCAACAAAAGCAAGCUCAGGAAAUAAUGUGCCAUUAAUUACAAAAACUUUUGUGAAUUCUGUAGCAACAGUUAAUCUGCCAUUAUUAUCCACAACUGUCUCUGUCACACCUAUCAUAUCUAGUACUUCUUUGAGUUCAACAGCCCCUCCCUCAACAAAUAUAACCAAUCUAUCUAUAAAUACCCCUUUAGCAACAGCAGUAAACACCACUAUGAUGCUACAAUCUACAAAUGCCACUUCUACAAGUUUAAUAAAUAACACUGUUACAAAUAUCCAAACAACAGUGAGGCCAUACACUGCUUUACCAUCCACAUCAUCCACAAGUAUUGCAAGUAAGGAAACAACCAGUCUUUCAUUAGACUCAAGUACUCUUUUAACUACAGUAAAUAUACCCACUACAGAUUCCUCAAGAUCUGUAUCAAAUGUUAUUUUUUCUUUAUUAACCUCUCCAACAAGUUCUAGAACAGCCACAGACAAUACUAUUUCACUACAAUCUUUAAAUAACUUUGAUACAAGUAAGAAAAUUCUGACCCUAUCAUCGUUGUCUUCAUCAUCCACUCUUAACUCAGAUGCAGACAAUGGGCAUUCGACUCCAUCUGCAACAGCCACAGCUAAUAAUCUUUCAUCGCGAUCUACAAAUAACUUUGGUACAAGUAAGACAAUUCUGACCUUAUCAGCUUUGUCUUCGUCUUCCACUCAUAACUCCGAUGUGGAUGUUGGACCAUCUGCUUUUUCACCCAAAACUACAGACUCUCUACAGACAAAUGAGGCAUUCAUAUCCUUGAAUACUGUUUUGACAGCUACAGAAACCACUGCAUUGCCACCAUCAUCUGCUAUAACACCUGUUGCAUCCACCUUGAGUAACAAUCUUUUAUCACCUAUGACAUUUCCACUUAAAACAACUCAACUAAUUGGUCCUUUAUUAACAUCUACCACAUCAUUAAAUCGUUCGUCAGUCUCAGCACAAUCUCUUUCAUCAGAUGCAUCCACUACAUCUACUAGGAAAACUUUAUUAACGACAGCAACCUUUUCGUUACCAUCUAUAAUUACAGCUUCUACAAGUUUAAUAAAUAAUACAGUUUCAUUGCCAUUCCCAACUGGACAGAUUCGAGCAAUGUCAACCACAGCUACUGCACCUUCAAUUUCAUUUGGAAACAGUCUCCAGACAUCUCAGCAAUCUAUUACUGUUUCAACAUUGUCCUCAAGCUUUGAAACCACACUUUAUAAGCCAUCAUUCAUUCCUUUUAGAACAGCUUCAACAGAUAACACAAGCAAAAAUAUGUCAUCACAAUCUACUUAUACGCCUUUAACAAAUUCUUCAACUACUACUUCAACUUCAGUAUCAUCAAAACCAACGGAAGAAGACAUUACAGUUGUUCCUUCAAGGACUAGCAUCUCAACAACGUCUACAGAGACAACAAAGCAAGACCUUGGCACCGUUGGAAAUCUGUCAGUAAUGAGCAUCACCACAACUUCCAUCGGUUUGAGCUGGUCCCUUGUGAGAGGCAUUGCAAUCAGCUACAGAGUUGAGGCAAAGGGAAUUACAUCUAUUAAUUUGACAGUAAAUUCGGAGUUUGCUGUUAUCACUGGACUAACACCCGGUAACAAGUACGCACUGCGAGUCAUUGCUGUGGCUGCAGACAACAUCACUGAAGGGCAGGCGGUGACAAUUACAGCCUUUACAAAGCCUGACAUUGUUAAAUAUUUAACUGUAAGCAGUAUCAGUGGCAAUUCUGUAUUCCUUAAAUGGAUUGCACCAGAUGGAGGUGUCAGCCGCUACCUGAUUCUGCAGAAAGAAAGUGCCGAAUUUGGAACAGCCUUGCAGACUGUGACGGAGCCAUAUGCUAAUAUUACUAGUCUUUUACCACUUACAACUUACACCAUCCAAGUCAAAGCUGUAACAGAAGAUGGAACGCUAGGAGAUCCUGUGCCAGUUAUGGUGACUACAACGGGUCUGUCUUAUCGUUAUCAGAUAUCAGUUGUCACUUCUGGUACAUUGAAUGAAGAAAUAAAAAGCCUCAUAUUGCAGAUGGUAAAUUCCAAUCUUCAAAAGGAACUUCCGCCAAGUUCAUUUUCUUUGUCCUUCAAAGGAUGAUGAAUAUAUAGCCUUAAUUGAUCCAUAGGCCUUUCUAAAUGAAUGAUAUUUUAGACAAUAUUAAUUAAUAACAGGCUUGGCAAAAAACAGAUUUUGUUUUAGAAUAUUGAUUCCUCUUUACUGUGCACAUCACUGUUGUGUUGUAUCAUGCUGAAACAUUAACUGUAACAACGAUGUUUGUGUAAUCUGAUUCCUUUAUAUAAUCAUGCAACACAAGCAAAGUCUUCAGUGCUCACCUUGUUGUUAAACUAAAGCUGUGCUGCGCUACUCUUUAUGGCUCUUUGGCUUUCUCUCUUUGCUUUUAUCAAAGAAGCACUUUAGAUGGCAAUGCUCUGAGUUCUUCUGCACAUCAGUAGUUAUUCCUGCAGUUAAUUUCAACUUUUAUUCUAUUUGUGUGUAGGUUCAAUUUUCCAGACUACUGUUUAUUAUAAUGCAUAUGCACUUUUAUGUUGUUGCAGAUGUUAAAAGCAUUCUUGUUUAUUUUUAUUUUAUUAUACAAAUACAUAAAAAGCCACCCAACCCCUGCUGUAGUUGUCAAGUGCUUUAAGAAUGCCUGUUUGUAUUGUGCCUUACUUUUUAACUUUUGCCAAAUGUAAUCUCUUUUAUAUGCUUUGUACAUCAAUGCUCACUACACAAGACAGUAAAAAAUGAAUUACCCCAGACUUUGUUGCAAAGUUUUCAUAUUUUGGCACAAAACUGUUAUGUUAUGAAUAGGCUAAUAUUAUUACAUUUUUUCUGUACUUAAUACAAUUUUCCUAAAGUUGUAAAGUAUUUGUAUAGUGGUUUUAAGAGAAUCCAAAUUUACAAUUGAUUGCAUUGUAUAUUUUGUUUGGAACCUUGCAUGUUUUUAUUAUUACUGUAUUUUGCAUUUAACCACAUUGCUAUUUGGUUUUUGUAGAGGCCAUCACAGGUUUACAAUGAAAAAAGAUUUACAUAAAUGAAUUGUCAUCUGGUUAAAAUUAUGU